CUCUCGUAACCCUUAUGGGGAAAUUUCGCGGUGGAAGUAUGGUACGUCAUAGCAAAAAGACGCGAACCGAGUUUUGAGGGUCGGAUUUGUCCAGGCUCCAAUUAUCUUGCUUCUGGACCACCAUCAUGCCCACCAAACCCCUCGACCCAAAAGCGAUUGUUGAAAUCGAUGGAUAUCUUGAACCAGACGUUCCAAACAUCGUCAAACGCUAUGACUUGUUCCGUCAGUGGAAGGACACUAUCGACGAGCAUGAAGGGGGAUACGAUAACUUCACCAAAGGCUAUCUCAAGUUUGGCCUGAACGUUGGAAGCAACGGAGAAGUGGUGUAUAGAGAAUGGGCUCCCAAUGCCCGAGAGGCAAAUCUCAUCGGAGAUUUCAACGAAUGGAACAGGAGCAGUCACCCGAUGAAAAAGAACGACUUUGGUGUUUGGGAGAUCACAAUUGCCCCGACGUCUGUUGGACAAUGCGCUAUCCCUCACGACUCAAAAAUCAAAAUAUCCAUGGUCACACCCUCAGGACAACGUAUCGAGCGUCUUCCCACCUGGAUUAAACGCGUUACUCAAGAUUUAAGUGUCUCUCCUGUCUACGAUGCGCGUUUCUGGAACCCACCCGAGUCACAAAAGUACAAAUUCAAGAACACUCGUCCUCCAAAGCCUAAAGAUGCGAAGAUUUACGAGGCCCACGUUGGGAUCUCCACCUCGGAGAGUCGUGUCGGGACAUACAAAGAAUUCACCCAGAACAUUCUGCCUCGUAUUCAGAAAUUGGGCUAUAACAUCAUACAAAUGAUGGCCGUCAUGGAGCACGCAUAUUAUGCAUCCUUUGGCUACCAAGUCACUAACUUCUUUGCCGCGAGUUCUAGAUAUGGUUCUCCGGAGGACCUCAAGGAACUCAUUGACACCGCUCACGGUAUGGGUAUAACCGUUCUUCUGGACAUUGUUCAUUCCCAUGCUUGUAAAAAUGUUCUCGACGGCCUGAACGAGUUCGAUGGAACAGAUCAUCUCUACUUCCACGAGGGAGCAAGAGGUCGCCACGAACUUUGGGACAGUAGGCUUUUCAACUAUGGAUCUCAUGAAGUUUUGAGAUUCUUGAUGAGCAACCUCCGCUUCUGGAUUGAAGAAUACCAGUUUGAUGGAUUCCGCUUCGAUGGGGUGACGAGCAUGAUGUACAAACACCACGGAAUUGGUACGGGCUUCUCUGGGGGUUAUCAUGAAUACUUUGGAGAUGCUGCAGACUUGGAGGCAAUUGUUUACCUAAUGCUGGCGAAUGACGCGAUGCAUACUUUGUACCCUUCGGUCAUCACCAUUGCUGAAGAUGUUUCUGGCAUGCCCCUACUAUGCAUCCCCACGGACAAGGGUGGCGUUGGAUUUGACUACCGCUUAUCGAUGGCCGUACCUGAUAUGUGGAUCAAGCUGCUCAAGCACAAGUCUGAUGGCGAAUGGGAGCUUGGAAAUAUAGUUCAUACCCUUACCAAUAGGCGACACGGCGAAAAGAGUAUCGCCUACUGUGAGAGUCAUGAUCAGGCGUUGGUGGGAGACAAGACUAUUGCAUUUUGGCUCAUGGAUAAAGAAAUGUAUACUCAUAUGUCUGAUCUCACCGAAAUGACACCAAUAAUUUCUCGUGGUUUAGCUCUGCACAAGAUGAUUCGUCUUCUUACGCACUCUCUCGGCGGAGAAGGAUACUUGAACUUCGAAGGGAACGAAUUUGGUCAUCCCGAGUGGCUCGAUUUCCCGCGUGCUGGCAACAACAACUCCUUCCAUUAUGCUCGUCGCCAAUGGAAUGUUGUGGAUGAUCCUCUCCUUCGCUACAGAUAUCUCAAUGAAUUCGAUGCUGCCAUGAAUCACCUUGAGGGACAAAAAGGAUGGCUUUCCGCUCCUCAGGCAUACGUUUCACUCAAACACGAGGUAGACAAAAUCCUUGUAUACGAACGUGCCGGCGUGCUGUUCAUUUUCAACUUCCAUCCUACUAACAGCUUCACCGAUUACCGAGUUGGUAUUGAAACUGCUGGGGAGUACACGGUCGUGCUGACCACUGACGAGCCUCGAUUCGGCGGGUUCGAUAACGCUAAGACGGGCGGGAAGUACUUCACUACUCCAAUGGAAUGGAAUGGGAGAAAGAACUUCUUGCAGGUCUAUAUCCCCUCCAGAACUGCUCUCGUGCUUGCUUUGGUGAAUUGAACGAUGAGACCGUGACAUAGAUCGAGUUGGACUCAAACGGACUUUCAAAAACUUUUUUUUCACUCCCGCCUCCAUGUUUAUGUUCUCGAGGAUCGUCGAUGGCUGUAUGUUUGUCCAAAGUGUAUUUCUUAUCAGUAACCUGGCUCAAGGGAUUGUAAUACUAGUCAUUAGAUUCACUAGUAGUAGCCUCCUUCACAGGAAGCAUAAAGGUUGUGGCGUUACCAAAUUCAAAAAGGCGACAUGACGAGCCUCCCGCCCCAAAAUACAGAAAGCAUCAAAAUGCCAAGAUUGCCUCAAGAUAACUCUUGAGUGCGGUUUCUCUGC